UCCCACAAUGCUUUGCGUGCGGCGGGGACCGGAGGCUCCUUACACACGGACGUAAACACGCUCCGCACUCGCUGUGGCCACCGCCACCUCUGCGGGCUGAGGAAGAACGGGCCAUGGCGGCGAGGGCUGCGGCGCUGCUGCACGGAAGCUGGGGGCCGCUGAGGGCCCUGGGCCGGCCCGUCGCCUUCCGAACCCCCGCCGCCGACCGCAGACUGCUGGAGCCGCCCCCGCCGAGCAGUUCUGUCUGUGGAUUGGAGUCAUUUAUGAAAAACUGUACUCUGUCUGAUGCUCCAAAGAAGCCUUUGUCUUCAUACCUCCGUUUUCUAAUGGAUCAUCGGCCCAUACUCAAAGGACAAAAUCCAGAUUUGAAAAACACAGAGAUAAUUAAGAAGCUCGCUGAAGCUUGGAGGGAGCUUCCAGAAUCACAGAAGAAAAUCUAUGAAGAAGCUACCAGGGCAGAUUUUAAAGAAUACAAAGAAGAGGUCGCUAAAUAUAAAGCUCAGCUCAGUCCUGAUCAGAAAAAAGUUUUGAAAGAAGAGAGGCGACUAAAAAGAGCUAGAAAGGACAUAAUAAAGAAAAAAAGAGAGUUAACCAUCUUUGGAAAGCCCAAAAAACCUCGCUCAGCUUAUAAUAUUUUUAUUUCUGAACACUUUAAGGAAUCAAGAGGGAUUUCAUCACAGGAAAUGCUGAAGAUUUUAAAUCAAGAGUGGAAAACGAUGUCAUUAUCUCGGAAGCAGGUAUAUAUACAACUUGCUGAAGAUGAUAAAAUUCGUUAUACAAAUGAGAUUAAAUCGUGGGAAGAAAAAAUGCUUGAAAUUGGACGGGAAGAUCUUGUACGUUUUACAAAACUAAAAGACGCAUUAGGAAAGAACUUUGAAAACUUGUAUUGAUGUUUGCCUCUUCAUGGUGAAAAGGAGAAAUACUCAAGAACCAAUCAGGUCUCUCACUACACAGGACUGUGGCAAAAUUUCUAAGAAUGAUGUUGGCGAGCAUUUUAUAUUAAUCUCCUUUUGUUAACACAUGGACUUGAGCCAGUAUACUGACAUAUUUUGUAUUAGCUCCUAGUUAUGGAUAAACUACUGGCAUAGACUCAGUCUAAAUUUAGACAGAAUUUACUUUUGGAAUUACUGAAUACCAAAAAAAUUCAUCUGGGUGUAGGAGAGAUUAAUUUUAUCCUUAGAUAAAGGUAAAUCAAACUGUGAAAUAUUUUUGAUACUGGAUGAUGACAAGAAAGUAUUCUUGUUUCCUAAUGAGGAAACAAGCAUUUGCUUUUCUCAAAUUGUCUUAAAUUAUAAAAGCCACAGUGGUCUAAACUAUCACUGUUGUGUAUUUUUAAAGAAUGAGGGGGGCAGCUAGGUGGCACAGUGGAUAGAGCACUGGCCCUGGAGUCAGGAGGACCUGAGUUCAAAUCCGGCCUCAGACACUUAACACUUACUAGCUGUGUGACCCUGGGCAAGUCACUUAAUCCCAAUUGCCUCACCAAAAAAAAAGGGGGGGGGGGAGAAUGAAGAACUGAUCUGGGUAAAUUUCAGUACCUGGGCAAGUUCUAUUCCCUGGGUAAUACUAACUCAUAUAGUAUUCAGAGAUGAUGAGUGGACACACAUACAAUUGCUGAUUUCAUUUAUGACUUAAAAAAAAAAACCAAACUACUGAAGGACUUGUAAAUGUUUCUAUCCGUCCUUUUUUUUUUUUUUUUUUGUAAAGUAAAAAGAUUAUGUCAACUCUGUGCACAUUGGUGUGUAUAUCACAGAGAAUAAAAUCUAAUGCCUUCUACCUAAUUUACAUACUUCAGUAUAUUGUAAAAACAAUGUUAAAGCCUUUUCUUUUAGUGGGUAUUAGUUUUUUUUUAAACCAAUCAAUAAGUAUUAUGUGCUUAUUGGGUGGGUAUAUAAGUUUGAAGUAUGAAACAUUAUACUUGAAAUGAACUCAAUCAUUUUCAAAUGUUUUCUGCUCUUAAAUAGAAGACUUCCCCAUCCAGUAUCAAUUUUUAUUGUGGUAUGUGAAGGUUUUCAUUUCCCUUAGGUAUGCCUCAGAAUAUUUAGAAACUGCAUUCUCCUAGAAGAGAAAGAAUUGCUAAGUCCUCCUUCAGGAGAUGUCCAUUGUUACUAGGAUGCUUUGACCCUCAAAGGGCUGAGAGGCCAGCCUGACAUGAUGGAGUUCUUAAACUGUAGAAUCUAAGGUGCUGGGGGAAAAAAAAUUUGCAGAUUUUUUUGUUUCUUAUAGGUAGAAAUAUUAUAAUUAAGUUAAGGCUGAAGCUGGGGAGUAUUGACUCAUUAAACCUUGACUUUGGGGUUGGUGAACCAUCCUGAAGGGAUAAAGUGGGGAUAAAAUGGCAAACUCUUGGGUGUGUGUUAAUAUUCCUAUGAAGGUGUAAAAAAUGUCUUGUAACCAGAAUUAUACCCACGGUAGGUCUGGGGCCAGCUAAUGCUUACAAAGAAAUAGAAGCUCUAAGACUCAAUUCUUCAUUUUAUCAAAAUACCCCAAAUAACUUCUGUCAGUGAUCCACUUGUCUGGUUACCCGCAAGGCAAAUGUUUUUGAUGAAGGUUCCAAAGAAAUUAGUACAAAGCAUUUAAAAAAGAAAGUCAAGAGUGUAUCCCAUAUUCUGAUUCUCUUUCUGUUUCAAAAUAUCAGUAUUUAAAAUUUAAAUUGGUUAAGUCUUUUUAAGGAUCAUAGAUGAGAAGUCUGUUAGUGACUAGUAAUACUAGUAACAACUGACCUUUAAUAUAAUGCUUUUUAAAAAAAAUUGUUAACUGUAAUUUUAUUAUUCAUCCCUUAAGACUGAAAUGCAUGUAAAGUGCUAGCUAGUAAUCCUCUCCAGCAGAACAGGUGGUGCUCUGCUUCCAUUUUCCUUAUUUUUUACAACAAAUGCAGUACAAGUAGAGGGCCACCCUAAUUCUUCUCUAUUCACCCAGCAUUUGCUAAAACCUUAUGUACUAACCCAAAAACAGUGGCUUUCAGGAAGACCUUCCACCCAACCAAAGGAGAACCCAGCAGAGAUUCCUCUGGUCACUCCUGCAAUCACAGGUACUGCAGAGCUAAGGUGCGUGAAGCCUACUUGCUCCAAACCUCUCCUAGGUGCUCAUUAGAAUCAUUCACACUGACUAAAUCAUGUAGUGAAACCCUUUAAUCAACACAGGGCUAGUUUCUAACUAGCACGAUUCUUUAAUUAUAUAAUGCUUUUUGAUUUGCAAAGUGACAUGUACAUUGUUUCACUUGAGCUGCGUGACAGUCUUAUGAGGUAGGUAUCUGUGCUGUCAUCUCUAUUUUGAAGGUCAGGAACGGGAACAGGAAUCCAUGAUGAACACACAAAUGUAAACAUUCAGCAAGAAUUUUAAGGUUUCUAUCAUAUGUCAGUCACUACAAGAUUCUCUGAAUGCAAAGCCAAAAGAAAUAGUCUACAUUCUAUUGAGAGAGACAAUGGUUGGCACAGUGCCUAGAACUUAUUGAUCACGUGUACAUAUAUAUGUUGUUUUGUUGGUGGUAGUAGUAGUAGCUGGGGAAAUUAGAAAAUAUUUAAUGUCGAAAGUGUCAGGUGAACUGAGCCUUGAGGGAUUUCUGAGAGAAAGAGAAGUGAGGAGAGUGAAACUCAUGUGGGGAAUAGCCAUUAUGAAGGUAUGGAGAUGAGAAAUGGAGUGUGGCCUGUGAGGUGUUUAAGGUGAGUUUGACUGUGCCGCAGAAUAUGUGUAAUAAGACUGGAAGGAUCAGUUGGACAACUUGUGAAGAGCUUCAGGUGCUAAAUAAGAGCUUAUUUUUCUCUUAGAAGUAAUAGGAGGCCCUGGAGUUUGAGUAAGGAGGGAAUUGACAUUGUCAGACUUGUGCUUGAGGAAAAAUGGAUUGGAGGAGGAUGAGCCUUGAGGCAGGGAGUUCAGUUUCUAAAUUGGAGGUGAUGAGGAGCCGGACUAGGGAGAGUAAGUAGAGGGGUUAGAUAGAUCUGGUGAGUCCUCUGCACAGAGAGAAUAAUUAAAAUUGAGGAAACAAGCUAAGGUCACCAAGCAAGCUGGUGGAGAGAGAGGGCCCAGAAGAGGACCUUGGGGAGUGGCACCUGCAGUUAUAGCAUGUAAUGUAGAGGAGCCAGCCGGCAAAAUCAGAUUGAAAGAAGAGCUUCCCAGAGUAUACAGGGAGAGUAUACAGGGUUGGGUGGGUGAUCAGCUGUGUCAGAUGUUGACAGGUCAAGGGUGAGCACUGAGAAAAGACCAUUCAAUUAUCAAGGCAGUUGAGAGGACCUUGAUAAUUUUGGAGAGUUAUUUGGGUUGAGUGAUGGAGUUGGAGUGAAAGAGUGAAUGGAGUAAGUAUAGGCAGCAUUGCAGAAAAAUUCAAAGGUGGGUCUUCCUGAUUUCAAGUAUAAUAUCCACUGAGAUGCAUCUUUGUAGGAUGCAGUAAGCAAUACAUCACCUAUAGUAUGGGACUCAAAUAAAAUCACUGAUUUCUCAUGUUGGAAAUGUGAAAACUACCUCAAUUCCGUUGCCUCUGUCCACAUACCUUCAGUGCUUGGAGUCUUCACCCAUUUGAUUACAGAGUGGAUAUGGAGGAACAACUGAUAGUGAAGAGCUAGAAAUGGGUGAAGCAACAGUCAGAAAGUAAGAGUGAUUUCCUCAGCAGAGAGAGGCAUGUUUUCUGAUCAGGAAAAAUAGUAUCUUGAAAAAUUGAGGUUGUUCUAUGGGAUCAGAUGUAGUGACUUUUUUCUCUUUUCUUUUCUUUAAGUAAUUCAUAACUCCAGAAAUUUUUUGAAGUUUGAUAAUGAUUUCAAGUAUCUUAAUAUUAGAACUUCAAGGUUAACUUUGCCUACAGUAUUACAUGGGGAAGUAUAUCAGCUGACAAGCAUUUUAGUGAUAGUAUCCUGUCCAUGUCUAAGACCUGUCAUUACACACCACCAGGCUGUGCUGUAGGCUUUGGGUACAGACAGAUAACUAGUCGUUCUUUUAGUUACAAUCUUUUAAACUCCGAUGAACAAAUAUUGCUUUUGCAGAAGUAGACCCCCUUUCCUGAUGUAACUAAACUUGGGUUGUGAAUAUUUUUCAUUGCCACUACUAUCAUUCUGCUUUGAGAUUUUUAAACUGAAAAAUCUCGUAGUUUAUUAGAUUAUUUUCAACAUUAACAAACAAAAUUUGUCCAAAUGUAAAGGUUGUCUAAGAAAAGGUAGAAUUUCCAAGAAAGUAAGUGUCCUAAGAGAUAUCCUUAAUAACCUUAUUUUGCAAAACCACUUGAAGAUCAUUUUGAAUUAAUCACUACAGGAAAGUAUCUGAUAAAGAAUAGUGACACUGACAGAAGGUAGACUUCUGUUGAAAUAAGAGAAUGUUAUCUAAUUAGACAAAGCCUCAAACUAGAGGAAAACCAAAGUUAUAAUAUGUUUGAGUUGCUUGCUUACUUGUUUUUUAAAAACACUUUUAUUCACGUCUUUUGAUUUUAUAUUGCCUUAAUUUGCCUCUAUAGUCUCUUCCUGGAGCUGUCCUAUAUGACAAAGACUUUUUAAAAGAAUAAAGGAGGAAGGAGGAAAAAAAUUAGAAAAAACUGUCAAUAUUUUGGAAAAAGACUGACAAUAGAUGUUAACAGUUGUGCAAAGGUGUGUGUUGGGGGGGUGUUUUGUGGGCCAUUCUGGUUCUUUGUAAUUUUCUAACUUUGUGGAUAUUUGUGAUUGUUCUUUACUUUUGUA